AGUAUUUUUUCUGUGUCUAAAAAAUCAUAGUUGAUUAUGGAUGUAAGCAAUGUUGAAGCCACUCCUUUUCUCCUCCUCAGAUGCAGACCACUGCACCAAAUGUCCAGAAGAUCAAUAUCCAAACAAGGGCAGAGAUCAGUGUAUCCCCAAGACUAUCACAUUCCUGGAUUAUGAAGAACAUUUGGAGAUCAUCUUAGCUUCAAUUUCCUUAUUCUUUGCUUUAACCACAGAGAUUGUGUUAGGAAUCUUCACUAAAUUCAAGGAAACACCCAUAGUCAAAGCAAACAAUUGGGAUCUCUCCUUCAUCCUCCUCAUCUCCUUCCUGCUUUCCUUUUGGUCCUCCUUCCUCUUCAUUGGCCAGCCAAGGAGAGUGACCUGCCUUCUCCGACAAACAGCCUUCAGCAUAAUCUUCUCAGUUGCUGUUUCUUCUGUCUUGGCAAAAACCAUCACUGUGGUGCUGGCCUUCCUGGCCACAAAGCCAGGGAACAGGCUGAGGAGAUGGCUGGGGAAGAGUCUGGCCAACUCCAUUGUCAUUUCCUGCACCAGUGUCCAAAUUGUCAUCUGCACCAUCUGGCUGUGGAUUUCUCCACCCUUCCCAGACUCAGACAUGCACUCCCAGCCUGGAGAGAUCAUCCUGCAAUGCAACGAAGGGUCUGUCACCAUGUUUUAUGGUGCCCUCAGUUACAUGGGCUUCCUGGCUGCCGUCUGCUUCACAGUGGCUUUCCUUGCCAGGAAGCUGCCUGGGGCCUUCAAUGAAGCCAAGCUGAUCACCUUCAGCAUGCUGGUCUUCUGCAGUGUUUGGGUCUCCUUUGUGCCCACCUACCUGAGCACGAAGGGGAAAUACAUGGUAGCCGUGCAGGUCUUCUCCAUCUUGGCCUCCAGCGCUGGGCUUCUGGGCUGCAUCUUCAUUCCCAAAUGCUAUAUUAUUGUACUGAGGCCUGAUCUCAAUACAAAGGAGCACCUGACGACAAAAACUAAAGAUGGCAUCUGAUUGUUGCCAUAUUUAUUUUUGCCUAUUUCCAGCAGAACAGAAAUGAAAUCCACAUACUUGUCUUGGGAAUACGGCUCCUUUUAUAUAAAUCUGUCUUCAUUCUGUACAAAUCAUGAAUGAUGAAAAUGAAUGCAUAAUUAUUGCAAUGGCCACAGACCCUUUGGGCUUUAUGUUUGACAUGUUUUGCUUCAUCACAGCCUGAUUCCCACUUGAUCAGCCACAAUAUAUUUGUGCUGGUAAUGCUCAUCCGGUGUCACCCUGAGUCAUUUUUCAGGAUUAUUUUCUAGCAAAUAUUGUUCAGUGGCAACAUUGCGUUAAAUCAUCAUUAUCUUCUGUUUAUUUUUAUGGUAACCUUUCCACAAAAUUAUGCUCAAAGUAGAUCACAAUAAUCCAAAUGAAGAAUAAAUAUAACAGAUCUUAGAAACUAUUAAAAAUAGUAUCAAUGAGUAAGUAAAAGAUCAAUCCAAUAUUCAAUAAAAAUACAAAAAAGCUAACCUAACUUUAAUAGCUUAAAAUAAACUAAAUGAUAGUUCCAACACAAAGAUAGUUCACUAGCAUCCAAAUGAUCACCACAUUCCAGAUAAUGUACUUGUAUCCAAUAAUUUGGACCUGAGACUCAGUCUUCAAACACCCAUGGUCCUCAUCCCAUCUUUCACCAGGUGCAGUGCAGACACUUCCACCCUGCUUCUCACCCAGAGGGGCCUUUUGCCCACCAUUAUUGUGUGCUCACCCCAUAUAGCAGCCAAUAAUUUUCUUUCUACACUCUUCCACUAUGCAAUAUAGAAUCAUCCAGGCUGGGGCCACAAACAACAUUUCAAGGGGUUACACCCCUAUGGAGCCCCCUGAACUAUAGAUGCUAAAAGUGUAUCCCCUGCCCAGAGCU